GAAUGGAGAGAAUAGAAGAAAAAUGUAAUUGCCUUAAAAUAUGAAAUGACUUUAUCCAGAAGAAUUUCAAAUCCAUAUCUGGAAAACCCUUCAAGCAAGAUUUAUGGAGAGAGUUCUUCUUGUGCUGGGAGAGCUCUCAGGAAUAUUUUUACAGUUCAAGCUUCUGACCUGAUAAAGGACAGAGUAUACCUUACAGGAAUUUGCAGGAGAAGCUGUGUUGGAUCACAACUGGUAGACUGGCUCUUGCAGCACUGUCCUUUUGUGAAGUGCAGAUCUACAGCAGUUGGUGUAUGGCAGCUUUUAUUGGACAUGGGAAUUGUGUUAUCAGUGGACAGAGAGCUGUGUUUUCAAGACACAUAUGCUUUCUACCAGUUCUCAGCUGAUGAAUGUACCUACCUUUUCUGUGAAUUCGAAAGAGAUGAAGAAUGGCAAAAUGGUGUAAAACUCUUGUUGCAACUAGUGCCCCUUACUCCACCCAGGAUUACUGCAUGCAACCUGCCUGAUCAAAAAAUAGAAGAUGCUGCAGAAACAGAAGCUGAAAUCCUUGCUCGCCUCACAUCUGCGGUGCAGAGAGAGUUGGCUGCUGUCAUUGCUUUGAAAGCAAGAAAGUCAGCAAUUCAUCAAAAUGAAGAAAACAACAGCCCAGAGGACCUCCAGGAUACCUCUGAUGCACAGGCAGGGGUUUUGUGCAAACUUCAAGAAAGAGAUGACAUUGGACGCAUUGAACUAGUCCAGAAGCUGGCAAAGGAAAAUUAUCCAUUUUUGCAGGCGGAUAGAAAAGAACCUGCGAACACAGAACAAGUGCCAUGUGAUUUAGCGGUUGCCAAGCCGGAUGAUGAAGUGACUACUGUUCAAGAGAAGGAGCAAGACCAAGAUGUUCUGGUGCUUAGGAAAGUGUCGUCACACAGCUCAGCCCCCACAUCAGGGUGUGCCGAGAAUGAUUGGAGAUAUGUGGUGGUAUCGGGAACACCGGAGAAGAUUUUGGAGCAUCUCCUGAAUGACUUACACCUGGAAGCAGCCCAGGACAAAGAGACAGAGACCCUACUUGAUGACUUCCUUCUCACAUACACGGUUUUCAUGACAACUGACGACCUGUGCCAGGCAUUGCUGAGACACUAUUGUGCUAAGAACAUUCAAGGCAAAGAAGAAAACUCAGACGUUCCCUGUAGAAAACGAAAAGUCUUGCAUUUGGUGUCUCAGUGGACUUCUCUCUACAAAGACUGGUUGCAUGAAGAUGAACAUUUAAAACAAUUUUUAAAGACAAUAUACAGGAAUGUGUUAGAUGAUGUGUAUGAAUAUCCCAUACUUGAGAAGGAACUGAAAGAAUUUCAAAAGAUACUUGGAACGCAUCGUCGUCACACUGUAGAUGAAUAUUCGCCUCAUAGAAAGAAUAAAGCCUUUUUCCACCAAUUCAGUCUCAAAGAGAACUGGCUCCAGCACAGAGGAACUGUGAAUGAAACAGAGGAAAUUUUCUGCCGUAUCUACAUAACAGAACAUUCCUAUGUCAGUGUGAAAACUAAAGUAUCUGCUUCAGCUCAGGAAAUACUGAAAAUUGUAGCAGAAAAGAUCCAGCAUGCGGAGGAGGACCUGGCUCUAGUUGUUGUCACAUUCUCUGGUGAGAAACAUGAACUACAACCAAAUGACCUGGCUCUCUCAAAAUCACUUGAGUCAUCCAGUCGUAUGUUUGUCUACCGAAAAGAUCUGAAUGACACGUUGAACCCUUUUGCUGAAAAUGAAGAAUUGCAACAAAGGUCUGUGAGAAUUUUGGGAAUUAACACCUGGGAUCUUGCCUUGGAAUUAACGAACUUUGACUGGAGUCUUUUUAAUUCAAUUCAUGAGCAAGAGCUGAUAUAUUUCACCUUCAGCAGACAGGGCAGUGGUGAAAACACAGUGAAUCUUAGUCUUCUGCUUCAAAGAUGCAAUGAAGUUCAACUCUGGGUGGCCACAGAGAUACUCCUCUGCAGCCAGCUCUGUAAACGUGUACAACUAGUGAAAAAAUUCAUCAAGAUUGCUGCCCACUGCAAAGCUCAAAGAAAUUUGAACUCAUUCUUUGCCAUUGUUAUGGGUCUCAACACUGCAUCUGUCAGCCGACUGUCUCAGACUUGGGAGAAAAUCCCUGGGAAGUUUAAGAAACUCUUCACCGAACUUGAAAGUUUGACAGACCCUUCUCUGAAUCACAAAGCCUACAGAGAUGCAUUCAAGAAAAUGAAAUCUCCGAAAAUUCCUUUCAUGCCCUUACUCCUGAAAGAUGUAACAUUCAUCCAUGAAGGAAAUAAAACUUUUCUGGAUAACCUUGUUAAUUUUGAAAAACUGCACAUGAUUGCGGAUACUGUUCGAUCACUGAGACAUUGCAGGAAUAACCAAUUUGGCAAUGAAGUUCCUCCUAAAGAGCAUCAAGAGCUGAAGCCAUAUGUCCAUCACCUGCGUGUCAUUGACAACCAGCAAACACUGUUCGAGCUUUCUCACAGGAUAGAGCCUCGGGUGUGAACAUGCACAGCUUCAUGUAACCUUGUAACUGCAGCACUUUGAAUUAAGUGAAUGUUUAAGCCAAACAUGUUGCUUCCCUAUAUAAGAACAGUUUACUGAGUUUUAUCAGUAGCUCACACAAUAUACACAGGAAAAUCAAGCAGAACAAGAAAAUAAGUUGUUUGCAGCAUUCCAGGGCAAGGGUAGUGCUGUUUCCAUCUAUCAUCAGAUCAGGAAGGUGAUGAGCAGCAUCCAUUGAGCUCAACGACUUGAUUUCUGUGAAAAUAUUGUUGGUCCAGUGUAGCUUUCAAUCCAGAUUCUGACAGUAUUAGGAUGAAAGGAAGCAUCACAUUACUGUAACAAAACAUUUCAGCAAGCAACUUCAUGUGAUGGAGGGUUGCAAGUUAUAGAGAAUGUACCUCACUAAUCCAAAGCUGCCAAAGUAUUGACUGUUGCCAAAAAAUACUGUGCAAUCCAUGUAACUUCCCUGGGAGCAUUUUAUUUGAGACAACAGCUAACAUUUCAGAAUGGGAAUAUAAAAACGAACAUGUAUAAAACAAUGCACCAUUAUUAGCUCUCUUGUGUGUCCUGAUUUGGAGGUCAAAAGCAAACAGCAGCCCAUAACGUUACUUCCUCUUAAGAAUUCACUUCACAGCAUAUAGUAAAGAAAAAAAUCUAAUCUUGAUGCAGUUUAUGGAAACAAAUGUGGCAUUUCCUUUUUUGAGGGAUAAAUAGCAGUUGACCUCAACUCAACGUUUUAGCAGGUGUCCUAUGUCUAAAAUACGUAGGUUAGGGAGAAAAAUCUCUAUUUGCUCCCCUUCUAAUUAUCCCAGAAUUGUUACUUAUUUCUGCAGUUAGUGUGCAGUAGGUUAUUACAACAGAGCUCAGUGCUUUACUGCUUGAAAUAUUGUCUCCUGUACAUCUACUGGGAGACAUCUAGUAAGUCCAUCUACUUUCUACAAAAACACUAUAAAACAGAAAAUAGCCUAUUUUAACAUGUAAAAAUCUGACUUACCAAGCAGAUGCUUUUAGCUUUGAAAGAACAAAAGGCCAUACUUCAUGUAUUACACACUCUCAUUCCCAAUACAUAGAAAAAAUUAAAGGGAAAGUGUCUUCCUAUUUUAUAUUUCGUCCAAACCCAGUUUUCAUUUAGAUAAAUCAAAGAGCUAUUUGUUAUCUUAGUACGUGCUUUAAAAUCACAUUCAUAUUUAUUCUUGUCUGAGUUGCCUCCUCAUAGAAUCAUAGAAGAGUAGGGCUGCAAAGGAACUCUACAGAUCAUGUAGUCCAGCCCCCUGCCUUAGUAAACCAUCCUAUACAAACACAACACAAGGCAUAACACCCUAACCUGCCACAGGUAAAUCAGGUGACCACAGGGGUCAAUGUCCUGCUGCUAUGAUGAUAAUGCUGUUUUUCAGUACUAAGAAGUUGCCCUCAAAUAAGCUUAAAUAAACUAUAGACAGUGGAAUAUUCUUCACUAUAUAAGUAAAA